AUGUCCCGACCCGAUUUCAAGGGUCUGUUCCCCGUGGGGGCAGUCUUCAUUGCAUUCAUCCUUACUCUCCUAUGCCUGUUCGCAGGGACUCAAAGGAAUCUGCUCGAUGGAGCCGAUAUUCUCACCCUCUAUACUCCAGAAGGCGAAUCCACUUCCGACGUCCACGAGUUCUAUUCUAUCCAUGUCAUGUCAUACUGCCAAGGCACUUUAGGCACAGUCGAGCCAGGCCUACCAGGUAACGCGCGGAACGUGACACAGUGUUCAGACCGCCAGAUACUUUUCUCAUUUGAUCUGACGGAUGCCUGGUCGGAAGGCAUAACACAUGGACCAACGCUAGAGUGGCCACGUGUGAUCAGCGAUGACUUUCACGCCUUCCGACUCACGACACAGUCGAUGGCGGUACUGUUCUGCAUUGGUGUGAGCGCGAUGGGUGCCGUUCUUCUAGUGCGGGUCUCGUCGCUCAUUACACAGAGGACGCAGCAAGGGCUAUUUGAGUUUGGAUUCCUGGUGCUGGGGUCCCUUAGUAUGAGCAUAGCGUCUAUUAUUGCGACGGUAGUAGCGUUCGAAUUUGUGGCUUUGAUCAAUGCCCACGGGGAUGGAUCAAACGUUUCGGCUAGCUACGGGUCCAAGUUCCUCGGCAUGACUUGGGCGGCUGCCGGGUUACUUCUGGCGGCGAGCAUCGCCAGUUUCAUUAAUGUUUUUGUCCGAGUACCGCACGUGGCACCUCCGCCGGUCACAAAAGACGAGGAGGAGGGGUUGGAGGGGUAA